AUUUAUUUUGGCGGAAUGCUCGUGGCUAUUGUAGCAGAACUUAGCUUUUCUAAUGUCGUUGACUGCAAGGGUGGUAAGGAGGGGCACGGUAAAAACAUUGGUAUCGUGGCCGUGACAAUGAACGGACAUGGCGCGCUGCGUUUGCUCAUUAUACUCACAAUAGCAUUGUGUCAAGUCUCCUGCAAUGAUACACAGCAUAUACAAAGACUGGAGAUAUAUGAUGGUGUAUACGCAAAGAUUCCAGAUGAUAAAAACACGGAUAGCCCAAUUUCCUUUGAGGUAGACCUUGGCAAGGAUGUGGAAAGUGGACGUGGAAAGCAGAAGAAAUUAUUGGAGAGACUUUUACCAAUGAUGGCAUUGCCGUUUAUAAUACAAUCCAUGGUCGUGCCAAUUUUCCUCGGAAUGAUUAAGUUUAUGCUAUUUAAGUCGCUUUUAAUCGGUAAACUAGCUUUAGUAUUGAUUAUAAUUAAUGCGUUUAGAAACAGUAAUAGCGUGAAGGGACGUGAUGCAGAUUUAGCAGCGAUAAAUUACGGAUUCAGUGGUCAUGAAAACGAAUAUGAAGGUGCUUAUAUUAAUGUAAAUAGAGACAGUUUAGGUUAGAAAGUAUAUUUUUAAUUGAACAUUAGUUUUGUUGCUAUAAGAUUGAUGCCACUCGACACAUUUCGAAAAUGCUACGUAGCGUUUCUAUAGAAAAAAUGACAACCAAUUACUUGCUUUAGAAAAAUGUAAGCCUCACAGCAUUUAUGAAUUAUAAUUGGAAUAUUGAAUCUGUCAAUUCAUACAUCUUCACUCUCGCUUCAAUAUGUACUCAGAAAUUUUGAUUGUUGUCUUUAAGUUAUGCAUCUUGCAAUAAAUGUAAAUAUUAGAAGCACAUUAGACCCAAACUUAAAAGAAUAAGAGUAAGAGUCUGUAAUAGUAUCACUAAUGAGUUACAUCGUCCAUUGUACUACAUAGUAGAUAGGAAGAACUACAUUAUCCCAUCGGGUAUUUUUAUUUAUUUUAGGAAAAAAAAGAAAGAAAGUCUCAACAAUUUUAAAUUGUUAAAAACACUAAAGUUUGUAUCGGACAUGGAACUGAAAUUCCUUCAUUUCGAAAAUCAUUGUUUUUUAUUGUCACUGAAUAAACUGAGAGUUGGUUUAUAAAGUCGGAGAAAA